AUGGCCACCUGCGAAGGAGCCGCCACGGUCUGCUCGGGCGCCAACUGUCUCGUACCUCCCAGCAACUACAAUCUGGUCCUCGGUACGGUGCUGAGCACCGUGCUCACUGUUAUGUUGGCCAUUGUCAUGUUCUCCAUGGGCUGCACGGUGGACGCCAAGAACCUGUGGGGCCACUUGAAGAGACCCUGGGGCAUCAUCAUCGGCUUCCUCUGCCAGUUUGGCCUCAUGCCCUUAAUCGCGUUCCUCUUGGCGCUCGCCUUCGAUGUGCUGCCAGUGCAGGCGAUUGUGAUCAUCAUCAUGGGCUGCUGUCCUGGAGGUUCGGGGUCGAACGUCAUCUGCUACUGGCUGGACGGAGACAUGGACCUCAGUAUCAGUAUGACGGCCUGCUCCUCCAUCCUGGCUUUGGGGAUGAUGCCCCUCUGUCUGCUCAUUUACACCACCGUCUGGACCAGCGGUGGCUCCAUCGCCAUCCCCUACGACACCAUGUGCAUCACGCUUGCAUCUCUUCUUAUCCCGAUUGCUGCAGGGAUAUUAGUGAAAAACAAGUUUCCCAACUUCGCAAAAAAGAUCCUCAAGAUCGGGUCCAUUUUCGGCUUUUUGCUCAUCGUUAUCAUCGCUGUGGUUGGAGGAGUCCUCUACCAGUCGUCUUGGGAAAUUGAUCCGGCGCUGUGGAUUAUCGGAACUAUGUAUCCCUUUAUCGGAUUCGGCCUGGGGUUCGUCCUGGCCUGGAUUGUGGGUCAGCCUUUGCACAGGUGUCGGACCAUUGCUCUGGAAACGGGCAUCCAGAACUCCUCGCUGUGCAGCACCAUCGUCCAGCUGUCCUUCAGUCCCGAGGACCUGGAACUCAUGUUUGCAUUCCCACUCAUCUACAGCAUCUUCCAGAUCGUGGCCGCCAUCUUGGCAGUAGGAGGUUACCAGUGGUACAAGAAGCGCUGCUCGCGCAAUGCGGGCGAUUCGGUCAGUGAGGACGGCGAAGUUCAAGGCGACAUUCAGAAAUACAGGAGCCGCACUCAGGAUAAUUACGACUUCGACGGCCAAGAGAUGAAAAGGGGCAACGUGAAGAGCAUCGACAAGAGCACCAUGAUACAUGGACCUCUGGACCGCAUCUCAGAAGUGGAGUUCCCCAAGAGACCCAAGUUGUGA